CGGGCUUGGCAGCCCAGCGCGUCUCCGCCGACAUGCCAGCGUCCAGCCUCAACCGCGCCCGAACAUGGGCCGGCAGCUCGGACAACGCCCUGAGCCGCCGCCGCCGCCGCCGCCUCCUGCUGCUCACCAUCUGCACCGGGUGGUUCGAAUGGUUCCAAUGGUCCCCGUCCAUAUCCACGUCUCUCUGCUCGACAUUGCCGUGCUCCAGCCUGUCUCGCCCGCCCUCGGAUCCCGAGCAUUACCGUUAUCUGUCCGACCCACUUGCUGCCAUUGCGCAACCCUCCCCAUCUCAAUCUCCAUGACCGCCGCGACUCCUUAACCCACGCUCCACGCUCCCACUGCCAUGCUCGACUUGGACAAGACCACGCCGCACAAGAAGACGCGCGUUGUGUCCGUCGUCGCUGCGACCGCCAUUGCGCUGGCCUGUGGAACCAACUAUGCAUACUCUGCCUGGGCUCCUCAGUUUGCCGAUAGGCUCCAGCUCUCGGCCACCCAGAGCAAUGUCAUCGGAACAGCAGCGAACAUGGGCAUGUACGCCUCGGGCAUACCUGUUGGCCUCAUAACAGACAGAGUGAACCCUCGCCUGUCUGCCAUUAUUGGAAUGUUCUGCCUUGUGCUCGGAUACUAUCCUAUCAAAAUGGCCUACGAUGGCGGGCCCGCAUCCAUGAGCGUGGCCAUGAUUUCUUUCUAUUCUUUUGUUUCUGGAGUGGGCAGCUGUGCUGCGUUCCAGGCUGCUCUGAAAACAGCAACUUUGAACUGGCCCUCUCACCGCGGGACGGCGACGGCAUUCCCCUUGGCAGCGUUUGGAUUGAGCGCCUUCUUCUACACACUCAUUGCCGGCAUUGCCUUCCCCGGGAACACCUCUGGUCUGCUUACCAUGCUUUCGCUAGCGACCUCGUUGCUUGUCCUUGUUUCAAUACCCUUCCUCAUUGUUGUCGACCACAAGAGUGGAACCAGCUACAGCGCACUCCCUACAAUCGAGCGGACUCGCCGAAACUCUAAUCUUCUGCAUCGAACCAACUCUGAUCGCACAAAGUACAGCGCGACCGCCUUGCCUCCGCAGGAAGUCAACAUCACUGGAUUUGCGCUUCUGUAUAAACCGGAAUUCUGGCAGAUUUGGAUACUCAUGGGCCUGUUGACGGGUGUUGGCAUCAUGACGAUCAAUAACAUUGGCCACAAUGUGCAAGCACUCUGGAGCCACUUUGACAAGUCUACGAGCAAAGAUUUCAUUGCACACCGCCAGCUUUGGCACGUCUCGAUCAUCUCCCUUGGCUCGUUCUUCGGUCGCCUUUCAUCAGGCAUUGGCUCCGACUUCGUCGUCAAGCGCCUUGGACACUCUCGCUUCUGGUGUGUCGUCAUUGCAGCCUUUGUCUUCGCCAUCGACCAGCUCUUUGCGACUCGCAUCGACAAUCCAAACUACCUGUGGGUCGUGUCCGGCCUCUGCGGUCUCGCUUACGGCCUCACGUUCGGUGUCCUUCCAGCCGUGGUGGUCGACACCUUUGGACCGGACGGCUUUUCGGUCAACUGGGGUUUCUUGACCUGGGCUCCUGUGGUCAGCGGCAAUGUCUUCAACCUCUUCUACGGGUCUGUGUACGACUCGGAAUCUGUGGUCGAACCAGAUGGCAACCGCAGCUGCGAGGAAGGGCUGCAGUGCUAUCAGCGUGCAUACUACGUCACACUGCUGUCUAGUUUGUUGGGCAUUGCCGUGUGCCUCUGGGGUAUUCACAGCGAACACGCAAGGAAGAGAGCGGCGCUGGAAGAGCAUGAGAGGCACCGCGACGCCUAGUAGGAUUUGGUUUCAAUAUUGACUAUAGACUAGGUGGAGAUGGUCAUAUGCCUGCAGUCGAUAUCCCAUCAAUCUACAUCUCAUCG